AUGUUGCAGCCCCAUCGGCAUCCAAUCGGCCGCAGGCUGUACCUGAUCGAUGCGAAAGCCCAGGUGUACCGCCUCUCCCACGGCUACGGCGACGCCGCGACGGCGCCGCCCCCCGCGCCGCAGGCCGGCCCGGGCAGCGGCAGCGGCGGCGGCAGCGGCGAGGAGAGCUCGCUGGUGGCUCACGGGAGCGUGCUGUUCCCUCAAUACAAGGCGCAGCGCAGCGCGGCGCCACAGGGCCUCAAGGAGGACCUGGGCCGCAUCCUGGACGUCGUGGACGCCCUGGGGGUGCCCAUACUGACGGUCCCCGGCGUCGAGGCCGAUGAUGUCAUCGGGACGCUGGCGGCCAGGGGGGCGGACCAUGGGCUGGACGUCACCAUCGUGUCGCCCGACAAGGACUUUUUCCAGGUGCUGCGGCCCCGCGUGCGGCUGCUGCGGCUCAUCAAGGCCCCCAAAAAGGUGGCCGUCGCCCCCGGCAGCAUCUUCUACACAGAGGCCGACUUUGAGGCGGAGCACCAACUUGGGGACGCGCGGCUGUGGGCGGAC